GUCAUGGAUUCCAACGUCGAGUGUAAGACAAGUCCACUUACUAGUAAAGUCGCAAAUUGUAAAGCUCGGGGAACAUUCUCAUCUGAGAAAUCAGAAACUUUUAAUACUACAAAACAAGAAUUUUGCAUGGCCUACAUGGAUAAUUCAUACGGUAAAGGUAUCUACGGUAAAGAUGACAUUUCUCUUGGUAAAGAUGUGAAUAUUAAAGGGUUUGAAUUUGGGCUUGCACGUGAAGCUACGCUGGAUGUAGGAAUCUUAGGGAUAAGUUUCCCAGGGGGAAAUCCAGCUGGUCGUUGUUUUUCUGAAGAAUUGAAAAAUCAAGGGGUAAUCAAUAGAAACGCAUAUUCAAUAUUCUUGAAUGAGGCUAAUAAAACAGGGUCGGUUCUAUUUGGUGCAGUUGAUCAUUCGAAAUACUUAGGUGACUUGAAAACAGUUCCCAUUGUCUAUGACGAAACCAAUCCAGAAAUUAAAGUGAAUGUUUUGGGAGUAGACAUUAUUAUGAAUGAUGCCAAAGUUUCUGGGGGUAUUUCUGAAUCAUCAUUUCUUUUGGAUACAGGAACUGCUGUGUCACAGUUCCCCAAGCUGCUUUUAGCACCAUUGUUGGGACAAAUAAAAGAUUCCAAAUAUGAUGCUUCUAACAAAACCAUUAGUUUUCCUGAUUGCUCUCAAAUAGAAAAUCUAAAAUUUGAAAUUAAGUUUGAUGGUAAGACAAUCAUAGCUCCCGCAAAUAACUUUAUGGUUGAAAGAGAUGCAGAUGGAUGCACUUUUGAGGUCACUUUUAUUGACAGCGACUUCAUUUUAGGAAUUGAUGCAUUAAGAAGCAUAUAUUUCGUGGUUGAUUUAGAUGAUAAAGAAGUAUCAUUAGCACAAUCUGACUUCAGUAACGGAAAGCAAGAUAUCGAGGUAUUCCCACCUCCUGGUGUGGAUAGAACCUCAGCUUCUACAGGAAUAUCUGAUCACCAAACACACUUAAGCAGACCUCAACACCAUGCAUCCACAUCCAUACAUCGACACCAGGAACCCUCAGCCACAUCUGAACACCAUGAACCUUCAGCCACAUCUGAACAUAAGCCAUCCUCUGCCAGCUCAAUCGUUUCUUCUAUCGAUGUUUUACUCUGUUUGGUUAUUUCCUUGACUUGGUUACUUUAAUGUGAUUGUAACCCAAUCACUUGUUUACAUAUUUGUUUUAUGAAUUAACAAUUACUUUAAUUUUCAAAUGAAUCUAUUUGUAGAAGUAUUGAACAAGCUGGAGCGAAGAACAUUAUUGAUGGUUUGCCAAAAUGCAAAACUUGUUGUAGAGAUAUUUAUUCGCCCGUUGAUACAGAAAUACUACAAGUAUUUCCAUGUAUUGUUCAUUUAGUCAAAGCAAGAAUUCUUU